UCGUUUGGUAAUACUGCGGUCAUACUAUUUCAAGAAGGAAAAAACGGGAAUAAAAUGUAAAAAUUGCAAUAAAAUGGCUAAACUAAAGAAUUUGCUGAGUAUUGUGACCCAGUCACGAGCUAUAUCGCACCCCAAUCGAAAGGAGCAGAUCCUAAACUUCUUGACAUAUGGCCUUUUAGUGAUUGUGGCCCUCUGCGCGGGUUUUCUGCUAUGGGAUCUCUCGAACAGUCCUCGGGAUGGAUUCUUCCAUGGAAAAAGGGACUCGCACACGCUUAUCUUGGACUUAGAGCACAUCCAGGAGGUCGCCCUGAACCCCGAAGCCGAGCAACGGACCCGGAAUGUCAACUGCACUUUUUGGGACUGCCUGAACAUUUACAAAUGCGAGCACGACCGCCUGAAGGUAUACAUCUAUCCGCUGCAGGAGUUUGUGGACGAGCGAAGUGACAAGGUGGCCACAACCUUGUCCAGCGAGUACUUCCAGAUCCUAGAAGCGAUACUAAAGAGCCGCUACUACACCUCAAAUCCAAAUGAGGCUUGCCUCUUCCUACCUAGUUUGGAUCUGCUUAACCAGAAUGUCUUCGACAAGCACUUGGCAGGAGCUGCUCUAGCUUCCUUAGACUUUUGGGAUCGUGGCGCUAACCACAUUAUCUUUAACAUGCUGCCCGGCGGUGCUCCAGCCUAUAACACUGUGCUUGAUGUCAAUACAGACAAUGCCAUAAUCUUCGGCGGUGGCUUUGACUCCUGGUCAUACCGACCUGGAUUUGACGUUUCCAUUCCAGUGUGGAGUCCGCGAUUGGUCCGUCAGCAUGCUCAUGCGACUGCCCAAAGAAAAUUUCUUUUGGUCGUAGCUCAGCUGAAUAUCCUUCCUCGUUUCGUGAGGACCCUGCGGGAGUUGUCUUUGGCCCACGGCGAGCAAUUACUUCUUUUGGGAGCUUGCGAAAGUUUGGAUUUUGCGAUGCGCUGCCCUCUGUCCCAGCACCACAAAUCUUUGGAGUACCCUCGCUUAUUGUCCCGCGGUAAAUUUUGCUUGCUGGGCCGUAGCCUUCGAAUGGGUCAGCCCGAUCUUGUCGAGAUUAUGUCUCAGCAGUGUAUUCCCGUGAUUGCUGUGGACAACUAUGUGUUGCCUUUCGAAGAUGUGAUCGAUUGGUCAUUGGCCUCCGUUCGUAUACGCGAAAGCGGACUUCAUUCCGUGAUGCAAAAGCUUAAGGCUAUAUCCAGUGUUAAGAUCGUUGAGAUGCAGAAGCAAGUGCAGUGGUUGUACUCGAAGUACUUUAAGGAUCUGAAAACUGUGACGCUGACUGCACUGGAGGUGCUUGAAAGUCGAAUAUUCCCACUGCGAGCUCGCAGCAGUCGCCAGUGGAAUGCCAUUGACACCAACGUUCGUUCCACCUUCAAUCCUCUUUUCUUGCCUUCAUUAGCGCCAAAAUCACAUGGAUUUACUGCCGUUAUCCUUACCUACGAUCGUGUAGAGAGUCUUUUUCUGCUGAUUCAGAAGCUGGCUGUGGUACCAUCAUUGCAAAGCAUUUUGGUGAUUUGGAAUAACCAAAAAAAGUCUCCACCGCACUUAUCAACCUUUCCAUCUAUAUCUAAGCCAUUGAAAAUACGACAAACCAAGGAAAACAAGCUAUCUAAUCGAUUUUAUCCAUAUCCGGAAAUUGAAACGGAAGCUAUUCUUACCAUAGAUGAUGACAUCAUAAUGCUGACAACAGAUGAGUUGGAUUUUGGCUACGAAGUUUGGCGCGAGUUUCCCGAUCACAUUGUGGGUUUUCCUAGUCGAAUUCAUGUUUGGGAUAAUGUCACCAUGCGCUGGCACUACGAAUCGGAAUGGACAAACCAAAUAUCUAUGGUUCUUACCGGAGCUGCUUUCCACCAUAAGUACUGGAGUCACAUGUACACACAUGCAAUGCCGGGCGAUAUAAAGGAUUGGGUGGAUGAGCAUAUGAACUGCGAAGACAUUGCAAUGAACUUCCUAGUAGCUAACAUCACAAACAAUCCUCCGAUCAAGGUUACUCCUCGUAAGAAGUUUAAGUGCCCAGAGUGCACCAACACGGAAAUGCUAUCCGCUGAUCUGAAUCACAUGCGGGAACGAUCUGCAUGCAUCGAUCGCUUCUCAAAAAUUUACGGCCGAAUGCCGCUGCGCACGGUGGAGUUCAGAGCGGACCCCGUAUUGUUCCGAGACAAUUUCCCAGACAAGUUGAAGCGUUACAAUGAUAUUGGUAGCUUGUAAGGGUGCUUAACUUCGAACCCAACAUUCCAUUGGAACUUAAGGAGAAAUACCAAAGACUUGUGGAAAUCGCGCUCAACUCUUCUUAUAGAAUACUAAUGUUGCAGUUGAAUAUAUCAUAGGGAAAACCUUAUUAUAAAACAGAUAAAUAAGCCAUCAUAUCUAGAUCUCACAUAGAACACCAAUUUGGUUUGUGGAAGUGACGAUUACUGGGGACUGUUCCGGUUUUAUUUUCUCACAAUAGGUUAGACUUAUUAUUGAUUUAAUUUGAAUUUGCAUUGUUAUCGGAAUAAUUAGAUAAUAUUUUAGUGAAAUUAUUGAUUGAAUUUAUGUCCAUUCUUUGGACUUCUUUUUGUACAAAUUUAUUUAUUAAAGAUAAUUAAUUUUGA